AUGUGUAUGGUCAUAUUUGCACCGGUGUUGGCCACUUUUGCGUUUGCAACAUGUGGAGGGUACUCUGGUCAUCUGAGGGUCAAGGUGGACUGUGCGGACAAGAGCCAGGCCAACAUCACCAUCAGCUUUGGCUACCCAUUCAGGUUCGAACAGGUGCAUUUCAAGGUGCCACUGUGUGAAGUCAAGAGACACGAGACACUCUUCCUGGAGGGUGACUUCUCCACGCCUGCCCAGUUUUUUGUCACCGUUGCGGUCUUUGCCUUCCUGUACUCCCUCCUGGCCACGGUGAUUUACAUUUUCUACCAGAAAGAAUACAGAGAGAAGAACAGGGGCCCUCUUUUGGACUUUCUGGUGACGGUCAUUUUCGCCUCGAUGUGGCUGCUGAGCUCGUGUGCUUGGGCCAAAGCUCUGUCGGGUGUGAAGGAGACCAUGGACAGCGCCCAGAUCUUGUUCCUCAUGGCCGCAUGCAGAGACCCCGUCAACGACUGCGAAGCUCUGGAGAAACCAGUCUGGACUCGUCUCCACACAUCUGUGAUUUUUGGAUUCCUAAACGUCUCGCUGUGGGCCGGCAACGUCUGGUUUGCGUAUAAGGAGACCGGCUUGCACAAGACCAGCCAGCGGGCCAACAGGACGCUAUCGGAGAAGCAGAGCAGCUUCAGCCAACGGCAGUACAGCCAGCAGAGCAGCUUCGACCAAUCAGGUGCCACGCUUGGCCAACAGCUCUACCGCCAGGUGAGCUUCGACCACUCCGGAGGAGGUAUCAGCCUCCCCCACGCCAGCCUGGGUCAGGCAUCAUCUCUCUUUAACACAUCCUCCAGAGGCCCACUCAUACUCAUCAAUGACAUGUAA